AUGGAGUCCGAGAGGAGCUCACUCAUGGCCCGGGACUUGGAGACCCCAAAGAAGGAUAUGCAGCUGCGGGUGAUCCCGUCGGAAGUGAAGUUCCUGGACGCGAUGGCAGGGAGGGUCUACUGCCUCCCAAUUACCGUGCACAAUCUAGGCCGAUACAGCCAGAAGAUUCGGUUUCAGGAGCCUGUCAAGCCACAGUUCAAACUGAUUUUGACCAAUCUGGAUAAAGCACUUGCUUCUGGCCUUCAGAUGACAGCUAUGGUGAAAUAUCAUCCUGAUAAGAAUGAAGACACUUUUGACCAACUUCUUAUUUCAAUAGGAAACAAAACAAUAGAGAUCCCUCUAAUUGGGUUGAUUCUAUCCUGUCAACUGGAAAUUGAGUCAGAAGUUAAUUUUGGGACAUUGGUUGCCAAUAGUAAAGUAUAUUGUAAAGAGAUUAAUAUCAUUAACCAUGGCAGAGUACCAGGUAUGUUUAAAACAGAAUACCAGGGCCAGUUACCCAUUGUCAUUUUUCCAACCAGUGGUAUUGUGCAACCCAAGUCAUGAAUGGUUAUUAAAGUGGAUUUCUGUGCAGACUGGCCCAUAAUUGUAAAUGAAGUGGCAAAAGUGAGUUUGCAAGAUCGUCCAGACAUAUUUUUGAACAUCAAAGCUCAUGUUGUUGAGCAGAUUAUUGAAUUGUUAAACAUGAGUAAUGAUAAGAAGUUGGAAUGCAUAAGCUUUGGUUCUGUUUUCUUUGGAAUGUCAAAGAUUGAACAUGCACUUCCAUACAAUAAUAGCCCAGAACCUAUAAAUUGGGUAGCCAUAAUGCAAGAUGAUUCUGUUGGAGAAGAAUUGGGUACAAAUGUUCAACAAAGAACAGAUGUUGCUUUAAAUAAUCUAACCUACUUAAGGAAAAUAAAGAACAUAGAUAUUACCACAUUUAUCUCCUAUGUUCCUAAUGAAGGGAGGUUACAACCUUAUCAAAACAUUUUAAUUACAUUUUGUUUCAGCCCAAAGCUAAUCAUUAAUGGUCAAAAGGAUGAUCCUUCACACAGGCAAGAUGCUCUCUUUCUGAGAUUUGAGUCUGUGGGAAGUAAAGAUGGAUUUUUGAGAGAUGAUAACAAUAAAACCAUCAAAAGUGAUUGAUUCCAGAAAGUGGAAUUAGCCCUGACAGGCUCAGGACUUCCUGUCUUAUUACAGUUUGAUCCGGGAAGGGUCCUUAAUUUUGCACCUUGUUUCAUGGGUGGACGUUCAGAGAUUCAGUGUAUUAUGCAAAAUCGAUCCAAAUCACUUCCUGUGAUGUACCGCUUUAAAAAAACUGCACAGUUUAAAGUUGAUCCUGAAAAGGGCAAGAUAGAUGAAGGAUGUAUGCAGAAUGUGACAUGUUUAUUCAUUCCACAUCAAGUUGGAGUCUUUAAAGUGAAGCAAUUUACAGAGAUUAUUGGCUCAGUGACAGAUGAAAAUUUGCAGUCUUCGUCCCUGAAGCCUUUCCAUCAGAUAUGUUUAUAUUUCAGUAGUGUCUGCAAACCUUCCACCAAGAAAGUUGUGAUGAAAAUUAAUCCUGGUAUAUCCCCUUUGAUCAGUAAUCCUAUGGGACAGUUUGUGGUGAAAGACUUGGCAAAAUACAAGGACCAUGCACCUGUCACAGUGCUUCAAUCAACCACGGCACACAUUCACAAUCAUAACACAAGUAAGGAGUUAAUAAAGGAUGCUCUGAUAGCCUUUCCCAAUUACCGAGCUGCAAGUAUCCGGUCUGGAGAAGAGCAUAAACAUUUCAGGACGAUUUUCACAAAGAUUCCAAGAUAUAACUAUGUGGAUCCUGAUUUUGCAUAUACUAAAUUUGAAAAAAUAGAAAAGAAAGCACAUGAAAAGCAUUAUGCAGGAUACAUUAAAUAUUUAAGAAAUGUGCGCCUGCAGAAAGAACAGAGGAAACACAUGUACUCAUAUAAUGAUACAGACAUAGGAUUACAGCCAGCAUCGGGUCUAAAGUCACCCACACUCUCAGAAGCGGAAAUAGAAGAGUUAUCUUCAGCACAGCGUCGGAUCAAAUGUAACCAAUUGCUAAGUACCAGAAAUACAGCAUCCACGGAGACAAAGUCUUUGAAAAGAAAGGUUCUCAAAGGACUUAAAUCAGACCCAUCCUCACCCCAUGAAAAACAUGAUUGCAGCUUAAUCUUGACACCAAAGCAAAUUCAUCAAGUAAUUGUUGGGCCCUCUGUCCUUAACUUUGGUGAUGUUUGUGUGAACUCAACAAAUACUCAUCUACUACAUGUUAUUAAUAUGCUACCUAUUCAUAUUUUGAUCCAGUUAGAUGUCAGUUUGCAAGAACUUCGGAAAACCAACCAAUUUUCAUAUGUGAUUCCACCUACAGCUAGUACUUAUGUUUCAGUGAUAUUUGAAUCUCCCACUAUUGGAAAAUUUUGGAAGUCUUUCACCUUUACAGUGAACAAUAUGCCUGGUGGGCACAUCCUAGUGAUGGCAGUUGUCCUGCCAGUAAAACUUGAGCUAUCUGCUAAUGAGCUACUACUGAGACCACAAGGCUUCUUGGUGAAAACAUGUUUUAGGGGGAUGGUUAGGUUGUUUAAUCCUCAGAAUUAUUUUGUCAAAUUUGAAUGGCAACCGAUAAAUACAGGAAAAGGGAUGGCAUUUUCCAUUCGUCCAGCUAAAGGCACUGUUGAACCAUACUCCCUAUUGGAAUGUGAAGUGACAUGGCAGCCGGGUUUUGAUUCUCCAGAAAGGGGAGAAUUUAUUCUUCGCGUCAAUGAAGGAAGCACACUGACACUGAAAUGUCUUGCACAUCUUGGUCACACCAAGGUCGUUCUUUUAGAGCCAAGGAUACUCUUCAGUGAUAGCCCUCAAGGUUUAACAACUUGGAGGAAAGCCAUUCUUCACAAUAUAGGACAAAACCAUGCUUAUUUCAAGGUUUGUGACCAGAGUCUUUUGUCUGUGAUUGACGUUCCAUCACAAGGAAUCAUUCCAUUGCGGGGGCUAACUGUUCUCAAUAUCUCCUGUACUCCUACCGUAGCAGGAAAAUUUGAUAACAGGAGCAAAGGUAUGUUUAUGCAUAGGUGUAUUGCUAUUCGCCAUGCAGAAGACAUAGACCUUAGGUUGGGUGGAUCUGUUGAGAUUGCUGAUGUCGAAGUCAAUCCGGAUGUAUUUAAUUUCAGUGGCACCUAUGUUGGUGCUACCCAGAUUAUUCCAUUUUUAGUAAAAAACAAAGAUAUAACACGUGCCAGAGUAGAGUUUAAUCUGGAAGACUUUGAAGGUUUUUCUGUGGAUUUUAAAGACAAAUCAGGGGAAUUCACAGACCCUGCAUUUCCUGACAUAUAUUCCUUGGAGUUAGAGAGAGAGACAUCUCUGGAGUGUAGCCUAGCAUUUUCUCCCAAAGAAGUGGCAACUUAUGACUUUAGCAUUCAAGUUCGAAUUAAUUUCUUCGCAGCUUCAGAACUUUACACUCAGUGUUGUUUGUCAGACUCUCCUAUGAUUCCACAAACGGCACCACUUACUCGACCAUGUUACGUUCAAGCUACUGUGUUGCAAGCACCAAUGACAUUUUCCAGCACUGAUUUUAUAUUUGAAAUUCCAUUACAUACUAUGGAUCUUAAUAAAAGUGUCACAAAAACUCAGGAUCUUGUUUUACAUAUUACUUCAAAAAAAGAUGUAGAGUGGAAUUUGGAUAUUAGUAAUACUGGUAUACUUUUCGAAGAUGGCAUAUUCAAAUUUAGCGUACUCAGUGGGACUCUGCGACCAAUUGAAGAGUGUAAUGUUUCUAUAAAUUUCUGUCCAAGACAGCCUAGAAAAUACACCGCUGAUAUUCCUAUACAUUUAAAUGAUAAUCCAGUUUGCUUUCGAAUGUUAUGUCUGGUCGGAGAGGUAAAAUUACCCAAGUUAUUGUUUGACCCUCCUUUCAUAUUUUUUACUCCUGUUCCUUUGGGUGUAACAACUGUGAUGGAUGUCAACAUUUUACCUCAGAACUAUUUCAGGGAUUCAACUUUCAGUGUCCGUAUUUCCCCAGCAAGGCUUCUUGAUGGUGACGUGAUUCAACCUCUUUCUGUGAAUUUUCCAAAAGGCAAAAUUUUCAUUAUGGGCUCUCCCAGUGGAAUUAAUGCUGCGCCCACCUGCCAUCUCAGCUUCAAAUCAUCUAAACCCGUGUCAUUUUUCACCAGUGUUCUCUUCUGCGAUAGCAGGGAUAAGUGGUUUGCACUUCCAGUUACCGCAACAGCAGAAAACUGCAUUCUUACUCUCUAUUUAUAUAUGGCAAUUCAUCUUGAUGAGCAAAAAAUUAUUUUAAAGAAUGUCUCAGGGGAUGAACUUUUCUCUAACUUUUCAGAAGAACUGAAGACCACCAGAAAAGGAUGCCAGUUCUGUGAAGGCCGGAGCAAGGUUUUGCUUGCCAAUCGAGAAGCUGGAUUACCCUCUCCUGCUCCUAGUAAAUUUAGUGGUGCUGAGCCUGAAAAGGGAAGAUUAUUUGUUGGAAUGGAAAUAAUACCUGAAAGGUUGAACUCAGGAAAAAGUGAAAUGUCAAAGAAAAGCAACAGAUCUAUGGAAAAGGAGGUGAAAGACGAGCAGUUCUUUUCUCCUGAAGAAGGUACAAAGACAUAUGACUUCUUUCAGAAGGUUGUAAAUGCAGCUCAGACCUGGUUCAGUCUCUUCGGCUGGCCUGAAGGACCCCAUUCUCUUUCUAUUCCAGAGACUAUAAGAAGGAAUGUGUAUAAAAUACAAUUCUACUCAUCAGCUCCAUCACCCAAAAAAUUUUUCAGACAGAGUGACUUUUCCAAGUGUAAUAAGACCAUUUAUGAUGUGAUGCUCCACUUGAGUGGAAAAAUGCCACCUGGAAUUACUUCAAGUCAGUCUUUACCUGUGGAUUACACUGAAAGGGUGAUUCAACUUCAUUUGCAACAUUCUUCACUUCGUGACUUUCUCAGUGCUCAAGGAGCAUGUAUUUCUCAUGUACUGCCAGAAUUUCUGCUUGAACCAGAAGAUUAUAAGAAGUGGAUUGAAAUUACAUCUUCCACUAAUACCUUGCCCAAGUUUUCCAAUAUACCUAAGGAAAAGCAUUCUAUUGUUAUAGAUGUUACAAAGUUUGAAGGCUGGAGUAAAUGGGGAUGGACAGAUGUAUUCCUUCAGACAUACCAGGCUCUGGUACUAUACCGAGUUGUACCACAUAGCAUCAAUAAUCUGCCCCCUGUACAUGUGCAAAAUUCACCAAAAGUCAAUCCUUGUUUUGCAUCCAGCAACAUGUAUUCUAAUCCUGAAAGGAUUCUGCUUAGUUGGAUGAACACAAAUUAUGAGAACAGCUGACAUGUUAUUUGGAAAAACUGUCCCAAAGAUGUUAUUCCCUCUGAGAGAUGGAUAGUAAAUUUUGACAGAGACCUUUUAAAUGGCCUUGUUUUUGCAACUCUGUUAGGAGCCUAUUGCCCAUUUUUGAUUGAAUCUCAUUUUGUAAAUAUGUACACACAACCGAAAAGUUCUGAACAGUAUCUGCACAAUUGCCUGAUUAUUGUGAAUGUUCUUCGUGAAAUUGGCUUUGACAUGGACAUACAGGCUACUGACAUCUGUGAUCCCAAUCCAAUCCCGAUGCUUAUGUUUUGUGUCUGCAUGUAUGAAAGACUUCCUGCAUAUCUCCCCAAGAAGGUGGUGCCCUUUCAUUGUACUCUACAUGACACUGUGUUGAGAGAGAUUCUACUGCAAAAUUCAAGCUUGAAAAACAUAGUGUAUAGUGCUACAAUUAUUGGAAGAGAUGCCACUGACUUCUCCCUCUCCCAAGGGAAGGUUGUGACAGUUUCUCCAAAAAACCAAAUUACUGUCACUCUGAAAUUUACCAGUCGCUUCCUCCAUCCUGCUGAAGCUUCACUGCUAUUAAUUUCAAAACCUAAGAAUGGAACAGGAGGUACUACGAUGACUUUUGCUCUCAAGGGUGAAGUCCUCAAUUUUAAAGCCAUCGCAACUAUAAAAUGCAAAUCUCCGUGUUAUAAAUGGAAAGAAAUCACUGUGAAUGUUAAAAAUCCCUUCCACCCUGCUGGGGAUUUCAGUGUAAUUUUUGUGGAAUCUUCAGCAUUUAUCUCUUUGCCAUCCCAAUUAACUGAAGUUGGAGAAUUUGUUGACCACAUGAACGAUGGCGGUGCUGUGAGUAGCAGUGAACAUGAUGUUGCUGAGGGCUGUUCCCAGGCCCCAGAUGCCUUAAAAACCUCAAUUAAGUCCAAUUUCAUCAAAGAGUUCUUCUGCUCUACACAUACUCUUCACCUGGGAGCGGAAGGGACUUCAAGCCUGGAGCUCUUCUUUCUCCCCUUUGGCAUGCACACCCGCUACUGUGUCAUCAUCUUCAGCAACAAAAAGAUUGGAGAAUUAAUAUAUGUUUUGGAAGGAAGAGGUAUGAUCCCCUUGCCUUCCAGAUUCUUUCCAGUGGAUUCUUCAACUCCGCUUGACCACAGCAGUUCUCCAGAAGAAGUGCUUAAUAAGGAAGAUCCGGUUCUGUAUUUGAAAUGUAAGCUCCGUCAAAUCCUGGAUGUGGACCUUAAAUUGCCACUGACUAAUGAAGCCAAGGAGAAGGCCUUGGCUUUUGCAGCACAGCAACAGAUGUCGAAGAUCGAGUAUGAGAGAAGGUUGAUCACGGGCACUCUGGAGAGCAGUAGCGUCCGCGUGGCCAUCGCCCUCCUGGGGCUGACCAAGAUCGAGAUUUGUAUGCUCUUUAAUAUCUCAAAGUUGAAGAAGCCAAAGUCCAUUUUAUACAAAACAGAGCUGAGCCUUCCAGAACAUUUGAUAUCCCCAAGACAAUCUGGAAUCCCCUGGUGACCCUGAGACCAGGUCUUGAGAGCAAGUAGUUUGAGAAUUACAGAUGGAUCUGUUCCAGUUCCUUUACGAUUUGUUCCUCUCAGUCCUGGACGCUACCCUUGUAAAAUCUUGUUGACAUCAGGGUAUGAUGUGCGUGUCUAUUGCGUUGAAGGUGUGGUAAAUGAAGAAUGUCCAGAGGCCAGAUUUGAUUUUGAAACACCAGCAUUUGAAGCCCUUACCCAGAAUAUUCCAAUAAAUAAUAAAACAAAGAAUGAAUGGAAAUGUCAAGUUACUGUAGAAGGAGAAUGGUUUUAUGGGCCUCCUGUUUUACAUGUUGGACCAGGUGAAACUGUGAAUUAUCCUCUCACAUUCAAACCUAUUUUGGAAUGUGAGAUUAUGGGCAAACUUACCCUACAAAAUGAAGUAGAUGGUAUGGAGCAUAUCUUUGACAUAAAAGGGGUUGGAAAAAGACCGCUGGCCUUGGAACACAUCACCGUAGACUGUCAAGUGGGGGAGAUGACAAAUAAACCCAUAAUGGUGCCCAAUUAUACAACAAGCAUCCUAACAUUUAAGGUGUCCUCAGAUCUUCCAAUGGUGUGGGGAAACCCAGACAUCACCAUAGACCCUGAUAACGCAAUUCCCUAUAUUCUACACAUAUGCCCUUGGAAACGUGGUGUAUUCAAAGGAAUUGAAAAUGAUAAGAUAGUAGUGACAUCAGCAAGAUGGAAGAGUAGAAGAUCCACCAAUUGUAUCCCUCUUCAGCACAGUCAUUUGGAAGCCAUGCAAGGACAAAAGUGCCAUUGUGGGAGCUUUGCGAUCCAGGUAGGAGACCAUGAAACCUUGGUGGAGUCCAAAACCGAGGAGGGCCAUUUUGAAAAGGCAGACUCAUGCUCAGAUGACAGACUUGCCAACUGUGGUCCUGGCUACAACCAGGAAACAGCCCUGUGGACUGUUACAAUCCCAUUUGACUUUGGUCCUGCCAUCAGCACUAUCUGCCAAGGAACCUGUCAGGAGUCAUGCCUGCCCAUGCCCUGUACAAUUUCGUUUUCCGUUAAAAGCAGACAAAAUGGUGAUUCUCAGGGAGACUCAGAUGAAGAUAAAGAUAGAGAUCUAAUACCCUCCUUUGAGAAAUCAUUAUCAGAACCAUCUGACAAGUUUGAUGAGGAAAAACCAGAUGAUGCUAUUAGCAGUUUACAAAUCUGGUAUUAUCCUGAGAUCCAUAGUGCUCCUGGACCACCCUUAAACACUAUUGAAGUGAAAUGUAUUGCUCUGGAGAGUGUUUGUAUUGAAAUACGUCUCUUUAAUCCAAAAGAGAAACUUAUUCACUUAGAUGUGCAGUUAUCGAGUGCUGCUGUUAGUGGACUCAAGGAACUUGUACUAUUUCCACUAGAUUCUCUCAACUGUGUUGUACGGUAUUCUCCAGCGACUACAGGCUAUAGAGAAGAAAGCAUUAUUUUUCAGCCUGAUACAGCUCUAGAGUUCUGGUAUUUACUGAAAGUAACUACUGACAUACCAAAACCAACCAUAAUGCCAGAAAUACAUUGUGACCUUGGAAAGUUUGUCACUCAGAUAAUUCCUUUAGAUAAUCCUACACACGAAACCUUAGAAUUGCAAGCAACAAACAGUAAUCCUGAUAAUUUUGUCCUGGAGGUUAACAGAUCACCACUGAUCAUACCACCUCACUCCACCAAAGAAAUAUGUUUUAAAGAAUGGAUAUUCUACAUCUCUGGAAGAGGACUAUUCCCCCAGCCUCUAGAAAUAGAAAGAAUGACCACAUACCUUCGUCUUCAAUCAUCUGUUCUUAUACCUUUCCAAAAUCCCACCAAAGAAGAUGUUUUAAUCGAUAUCAUACUAACAGGUCAGGAGAAGUACAAGCAUCUUGUCCUGGCUCCAUACCGGGACAGCUUCCUCGAAGAGACUUCUGCCUUCAAGCUUAGUGGUCUGAGUCACACAAAAGGAAUUGCAUUGCCUCCUAAAGGGACUGUAGAUAUCCAGGUGUUACUUAUGCCCCAGGUUAUGAAAUUACAAAAAACAAUGGUCAUUGUUCAAAUGAAGAAGGCAAGUGGAGAAAGGUGGCCUAUUGACAAUUUUAAAGAAUUGCGCACAGAGGUGAAAAGUUUAGUCACAUCAGUAAAUACCAAUACAGUCGUCCCUCAGAAUCCAUGGGGUAUCGAUUCCAGGACCCCUGCAGAUACCAAUAUCCAUGCUUUGGGGAUAGACAGUGAAGAAAUCCCAGGAAUAUGCUGGAUAUACCCUAUUCUUGGAUUCCCACAGGCACCACAUCCUAAAUGCCCCCAAGUUGUCAUAAAAUGUCAGUCCAGGAAGCGGGUAGAAGAGGAGGUGGAAGUCACAUUGGAUGGAGAUUUUUGGGGACAAAAUCCUAUAGAACUGACAGACUUUGUAGUGAUUCCAAAAAGAAAGUCAUAUGAUUCUUAUGAAGAUAUCAAAGAUAUACCUGUAAAACGUGAAUUUGAAUAUGAAAUUCAAUUUGAAUCUGAAGUCACGAAGGCUAAUUUGGAAUCCUGCGUGGCUUUAUAUUACAUAAAAAAAUCUUAUAAUAUCAAUGCUGAAAGGGUAACAGUGGUCUUCAGUCUGAUAUUUGCACCAAAGAAACCAUUGAGGUCUCAAAUUACACUGAAAAUAGAGUGCAUAACAGAUGGAAUCUGGAAAUUUCCCAUGAUGUUGGUUGCUACUGAGCCUGAUGUGGAUGAUGUCAUUGACAUUGAAGGGGUUGGUUUAUUUAAAGGAUCUACUGUUGACUUCAGGCUGACAAGUCAGACAAGAAAUCCCGAGCCAUUCAUGGCAUACUUCCUACCUGGCAGUGAUCCUGAGUUUUUUGUAAAACCUCAGGUUGGAGAACUUCUUCCUUUUGACACUGAAGGAACUCUAAUCGUUGUGGGUUUUAAACCCAAAAUGUACAGCAGGAAAUACACAGCAACAUUAGCAAUACAGACAGCAGAUAUGUACUGGUUGUAUGAUAUUAAUGGGUUACCUCAAGUUACCAUACCACCAGUGAAUGUAAAAGCCAAAGUUGACACUACUAACAAGAUGUUUGACAAAAAGCCAGCUCAUCGGCACAAUUUUAUCUAUGAAAAUGCUCAAAUCACAAGGACAGGGGUAUCCUCUACCAUCAAGGGUGCUCCUUUGAUGUUGAAGAAUAAAUAA